AAAAUGGAGAAAUUAGUCAAUAAAAUACAAUCGGAUAUGGUUUCUGCUCUCGAAGAGAUCGAAGGUCCUGAUGGUGGAAAAUUCCUUCACGACUCUUGGAUUCGUGAGGAAGGUGGAUACGGCACGUCUUGUGUUCUUCAGGAAGGCAGAGUGUUUGAAAAGGCUGGCGUCAAUAUCACCAUCAUUGCUAGUCCAGCACCUAAAGCCAUGAUUGCCAAUAUGCGUGCUCGAAACAAAGACUCGAUCGAUCCAAAUGGCAAUUAUAAAAUGUUUGUCGCCGGUGUGUCCAUGGUCGUUCAUCCUCAUAAUCCAAUGGCUCCUACAUUCCAUGCCAAUUACAGAUACUUUGAGUUGCGCGACGCUUCUUCUAAUGCCAAGGAUUCUGACAAGCCUGUUGCUGCAUGGUUUGGUGGUGGUUGUGAUCUCACUCCAUCAUAUCUGUUUGAAGAAGAUGCAGUUCAUUUCCACAAGGUCAUCAAAGACACAUGCAACAAGCACGAUCCCGAGUACUAUCCUCGUUUCAAGGAGUGGUGUGACAAAUACUUUAACAAUGUUCAUCGUGGCGAGCGACGUGGCAUCGGCGGUAUUUUCUUUGAUGAUUUAGAAGAUAAACCCGCAGAUCAAUUGUUUUCUUUUGUUAGUGACUGUGGAAACAGUCUGGUCGAGCAGUACAUUCCCAUUGUAAAGCGUCGCAUAAACAUGCCAUUUACCCCGGCUCAGAAGGAGUGGCAACAGUUACGUCGUGGUCGUUAUGUCGAGUUUAAUCUGGUCCAUGAUCGUGGAACAAAGUUUGGAUUCGUAACACCUGGUGUUCGCAUUGAAAGCGUUCUCAUGUCAUUACCAUUGACUGCAAGAUGGCAGUAUAUGCAAAAACCCGAACCAGGCAGUCCAGAAGAAGAUUUAAUCAAGGUUUUGGAAACCCCAAGAGAAUGGGUUUGA